AUGGCUCAGAUGUUUUCCCUUACCUGCUGUAUUUCAUAUAGACACGUCUGAGCUGAACACCAUACUGGAGAAUAAGUAAGGGAGAACGUCUCCGGGGCUGUGUGGAGGAAUCAUUCCCUGCAUGGAGGUUGUAUGUCAUAAAAAUAAUGGAACCUACCGGAGAAGCUUCUCACACUAUAAACCAUCUGAAAUCUAAAUUAACUGACAUCUUUGUGAAUAAAGUAGACGAUCUGGUUCAUGAAGUAGAAUCCAUUACUGAGAAUGAUAAAGUUCUGUAUGAGGCUGAAGACCCAGUAGAACAAGUCCAACAGAUUUUAGAUCAUGUGCUACAGAGAGGGGAAAGUGAUUGGCAGCUAUUCCUGGGUCACCUACAGAAAAUGGCGCCGAGAUUUCCGGGGCUAAUGGAACUGCUGGAGAGUGAAAAAAAAAGAAAUAUUCUAACUGAGAUGAUAAAACAACACAAAACCUCAAAGCUCACUCUGAGAGACAUCCAGAACAUUGGCCGGGAGAACCUGAAUGAAUGUGACCCUCUGACUGUUCAAGACCUGCCCUGGAUUCUCUUAAGGAAACUGGCAGCGUUGAACAGAAGUGCACGAAAUGUAUCGAUCACACAAACUCCACGGGCAGAUGCAGAGAAUCCUAUGAUGGAUCUGUUUGAUCUUCUCACUUGUAAUGCUCAAGAUGAGAAUUCUGAUUUGUUCAAUCCUUUUGAUAUUCUAUGUGUUCUACUAAACUGUUCAGAUAAUAUUUUACAACAAAAUAUUUUGUCAAAAAUGUCCCUGUGCCAGUUUGCUCUCCCACUGCUGCUCCCUGCUGGGGAUGUACCAAACUGCACCUUCAAGCUGUGGGCAAUGAGAGACAUUGUGAAAUGCUGGACACCUCACACUUUGGCAGAGAAGAAAGGAUUCAAAGAAGAAAGUCUGGUUCAUAUAGAAUUGCCCCUGUUUUCUUUUGUAAGACUGGAAAAAAGCAAGAUAUCAAAAUCUAAAAUUCUGAAUCAAGUGCUCAGUCCUAGGCAGCAGUACCAGGACUUCUUUAUUCAUGGAAAUAUGGAGGGUGGGAACCAUAUGAGAUACAUUUCUAAUGGGUUAGUGGAAAUAGCCUGGUAUUUUCCAACUGGAAGAAAAAAUUUAGAUAUUUUUGAAGAACCCAUUGCACUUACUAACUUGCGUGGAGACAUUGAAGGCAACGAGACCCAGUUCAGCUUCCUAACCCAGGUCUCGGCAGCAGUGUUUGUAUUUGCUGAGGAAAUUAAUGAGAGAGAGUUUAGGUUGUUGACCCAAUAUGGUAAAUCUAACACUAUUGUCUAUUUCAUCAUUACACAAAGUAACAAAACUCUUUGUAAAGAGACAGUGGAAUACUUAAAAAAGUUGCUCUCUGAGCUAAACAUUGAUAAAGGGAACGUACUGAUUAAGGGCAGAAAUGAUAAUGAUACAAACCUGGUGCAGAGCAUUCAAAAGAUUAUUAAACGUUUAUUGAACACUUGUCGGAAAAUAAAGCUGGAAGAAGCUUCACACACAGCCUCCAAACUAAAAAUUAAUGUGGAUGAGAACUUUAGGGAAUGCCAAAAAGCAAAAAUGUAUGCAACAGAAAUAACUGAAGAGAUAAAAGAUGUGGUACAAUAUAAGAAAGAAACAAUUCAACUACAAGGGGAUCUGUGGAAGCAAGUGGCCCAGAUAGAGAAGGAAUUGUGCAGAAUGAGAAAACUAGGAGGCAAAAAUACAGAAGAAUACCGAUCUCAGCUGAUAGAUCAGUGCUUCGAGUUGCAUAGGAAACAGAACAAACAUGAUUUACCUGGGGGGGUGUUGAAAUUUAUAAAUGCAAUUGCACAUUUGUCCCAAGAAGAGAGACAUUAUUUCCUGAAAUGGAUGAAAUUUGCACUCGAUUCACUUUCUAGAAACACUCUAUCUAAAUUGAAAGCUGAAUACAGGCUAAAAUGUACACCUAAAGCUGAAAAUAUCCAGGAUAAUGGGAAUGAACUAAAGCUAAUUGACCAACAGAUAUCUGACAGUUCUUUGGGAGUAGAACAUUUUCUCCGUGUGAUGGGGCAGUUUUAUGAGGCAGAAUGUUCCAUAGUGAAGCAAGGAAAAAUCAAACCAGAUGAAAGACAAUUCAGUAAACUCCCAGGAAUUGCUGCUGAUCUGCUGCUGGAUGGGUUCCCAUUGGAGCUGAUAGAUGGAGAUGCCUCCAACAUCCCUCUACAAUGGAUUACUGAUGUUCUGGCUGACUUAAACAACAAAACAGGAGGGAAAUGUAGAAUGAGAGUAAUCACAGUGCUGGGAGUGCAGAGCACAGGGAAAUCCACCCUCCUGAACACCAUGUUUGGGCUGCAGUUCCCUGUGUCCAGUGGUCGAUGCACACGGGGAGCCUUCAUGACACUGAUAAAAGUAAAAGAAGACUUCCAGGAACACCUUGGUUGUGAGCUUAUUGUGGUAAUAGACACUGAAGGUCUAAAGGCUCAGCACCUAUAUUCUCUGGAGGACAGCAAUGAACAUGACAAUGAGUUGGCAACUCUAGUGGUUGGGCUCAGUGAUAUCACUAUAAUCAAUAUGGCUAUGGAAAAUACAGCAGAAAUGACAGACAUUUUACAAAUUUCAAUCCACGCUUUCCUUAGGAUGAACAAAAUAGAAAAGAAACCCAAGUGUCAAUUUGUGCAUCAGAAUGUGAGUGAUGUUUCUGCUAAUGAUAAUAACAUGAGAGACAAAAGUAAACUCUUGACACAGCUUGAUAAAAUGACAAAAGUAGCAGCAACCAUGGAAAAAAAGAGUGGAAUCACACAUUUUAGUGAUAUCAUGGUAUAUGACCUUGAAAAAGACAACUGGUACAUUCCUGGCCUUUGGAAUGGUGCCCCACCCAUGGCUUCUGUAGAUGCUGGCUACAGUGACCAUAUUCAUGAACUAAAAAAAUACUUGUUUGAAUUGAUGGCACAAAACAAAAGUAUUAAUCACCCACAGAAUAUUGGUGAAUUUAUUGAAUGGAUAAAAAGCCUGUGGAAAUCUGUGAAAUAUGAGAAUUUCAUUUUCAACUUUAGGAACACCCUGGUGGCUGAAGCAUACGAACAGCUCUCAGUUAAAUACUCUGAAUGGGAAUGGGACUUCCGUAAAAAGGUUCACACUUGGCUACUCAAGACAGAGACAAUAAUCAAGAAUCAUCCAACAGACAGAUUGCAGGCAAAUUAUCUCCAUGAUCUGCAUUCUGUUCUUGGAGAAGAAGAAAAGCGUGUAAGGAAUUUGUUAGAUACCUAUUUUGAUAGCAGAUCGGAGAAUGCUCAUCUAAUUGAGAGGUACAGAGAAGAAUUUUCCAAAUGUGUGCUGUGUCUCAGGAAUGAGUUGGAAAAUUCCGUAACAACAAAGAUUGACGAGGUGAUUCAAAUCCAGAAAGGGAAAUAUAAGUUGGAGGGCAUUAAAAACACUUAUCAAAAAACAAUAGAAGAGAAAGUCACUUGCCUCCUGGAAGAAGUGAGACAAAAUGAACAUCAAUUCAGCAAUGCAAAAGUAAGACAAGUUUUUGAAGAUAUGUGGGAAAAUACAUUAUCCGACUUACAAAGAAUCGGUUUAGAUAAACGAAAUAUCAGUCAGGAAAUGUUCCUGGAACUUUACCGGGACAUGAACAAAAGAGGGAGUUUUAUCACUAAGAGGGUUCUCAGUGUAACAAGUUUAGGUGACUUUGGUGAAUGUGAAUUUGAGGUCAAAGAGAAGCAUGUAGACCUAAAACAGGAUUCAGAAAAAGACAAGGAACAAAAUAUUAUCAAAAUAAAAGACUUUGCUUCCUUUAUAAUCAGAAUGUGCUCUGAUUAUGUAACAGAAAAAAUAGGUACAAGAGACGACUAUCAUGGGACGUAUUGCCUGGAAUUACUCAAUAUCAUCAGUGACGGGCUCAGGGAAGAAGAAGUUAAAAGCAAUCAUAUUACCCAUGAGUUUGCGUUGGAUCUGAAACUCCAUAUCUUGGGGCAAGCAGCCCCGAGGUUUCAGAAGCUCCAUAAUGACUUCAUCCAAAAGAAUGACCCUGUGUUAUGUAUGGGAAAGUUAAAACUUGGAUAUUUGGCAACAUUUGAAAGCAUUUAUCAAGAGAAGGAUGAAUCUCAGAGCAGAGCAAGACAGUUCUAUGAGCUCUGCCUGAAGCCUGCAAUAACAAACUAUGUUAACCAGCGACUGGGAUUGGACAUCGUUGAGGCUAUUAUAUACAGCGGAGCCACCAAAGAAUUUAGUAGCCGGACAUUUUUCCAGUUUACCGUGCUUGAGAAACUUCUAAAGGAUAAAGAAGUUAUGUCAUUUGUACAAUAUAUAAAUGAAUAUGAGAUUUUUGUCAAGAAAUGGAUACAAAAAUAUAUUUUAGAUACCUAUAAGGAUCCAAAACCCUUACGAGACAUGAAAGCAAAUAUUCUUACCAACAUCCAUAAGGAGAUACUCACAGUUCUUAGAGACAAAGACAUACUGAAGUUCUCGACCGUCUCCGAUUUUUUGGAAUGCUUUUGUGGCAGGUUGAACAAUAAACUAGUUAUUCCCCAGCAUGAGAUGAAUUUGAUCAUUUUUGAAAACAAAGCUAAUAUCGAGCAGUUUGCAAAAGACAUUGAAUUCUUUCUCCAAGACAUUGAAAAUCACAUCAUAGCAGACUUUUCCUCUAUAGAGUCCAUACUCGGCAAAGUCACAGUAAAACCUGAAGAUGAGUUAUUUAAGAGAGUGUUUGGCUGUGGGAAGCAAUGUCCCUUCUGCAAGGUCCCCUGUGAGGCAGGAGGUACUGACCAUAAGGAGCACUUUGCCUCUGUCCAUCGGCCUCAAGGAUUAAUAGGAGGCAUUCACAUAGCCGGGAUAAAACUAAACACAGAAAUAUGUUCCUCUGCUGUUAUCGCUGAUAAAAAAUUUGUAAAUGUUGCCACAAACUGUACAUUGCACCCUUACAAAGAAUAUCGUUCCGUUUACCCAGACUGGGCCAUUCAGCCUGACGCCAGCAUCACAGCCUCCGACUACUGGAAAUAUAUCUUUGUUCAGUUUAAUAAAGAAUUUGCAUCUAUAUAUGAAGCGAACCCAGCAGAUCUGCCUGACUUAUGGUGUCGCAUAACAGAGGAAAUGGCAUUUCAAAGCCUAAAGGAGUCAUUCAAUAUAAAGUAAACUACGUCAGCUUCAUACAAUUAUGGGAAGAGAAACCUGUUAUUGGGAAUACUAUGAAAGCCAGACAGUCUUAAUUUAGCCCCAUUUACUGUAUAAAUCUAUGAUACUAAAAUCAUUUUUUUUUAAAGAUUCCACAUGUUCUGGAUUCUAGAUUUAUCCCAUAUACAAUAAUUUUAUUAAUAUAGAAUUUUUGAUAAUAAUUUUACUAAAUAUUUAGGAUCCCAAAGGAAAUACUGCCAUUCCAGUAUAGGCUGUAGGUUUGUAUGAAAUUAUGUUUCUAAUUAAAGAUCUUGUUAAAGCAAUUAUCAUACAAAUUCAAAGCACUUUCGAUUAGAAAAUUUGAAUAAAAUGAAAUGAUACAGUA